GCCACGGAUGACAGGGAUGCAGAGGAUUCACUGGGAGACAAAGUGGCUUCCCCUUUCUUCAAGAUUCUGCGACUUUCUCAGCAGCUGCAACCAGAUGCGAGUCAUUACGUUAUGCAAACAAUGGGAGCACCAUGCUGAAGGCAAGAAGGCGGGCAGGAGUGGCUCCAAGAACGUAGGAUAUGUGCUUAUCGUCUCACUUGUAUGUGCAUUCAGCAACAUCAUAACAAGCCUUGGAACACAGCCCUUUGGAACGCAUCUUCAGCAAGUCAAGGGCGAUCCCAGCGCCACUGGUAUUUGGAGUUGGACUUCGAAUCUAACAGCCAUUCAGGACGGCCUUUCUCUACGCGGAACUCGAAGAGAAGCAAGAAAUAGCGGUAUGCAUCCGCGUUCAACCGACUCGAUGACGAAAUCGGAGAUGGCGAGGUCGGCGGACCAUAUAUGCCAUCGAUAGCGGAGAGACUCGGAGAGGCUCCUGUCAAUUCGAACCUUAUCUGCCAACAUGCGGAAACCUGCCCAUUCCUAGCUUGGACGAAGUUCCAUUUUCGAACAAGGAAGCCGUGGCGUCAAUCAAUGUUCUGAUCACAGGAAAAGAUUGGUUUCGUCUGCUCGCUAAAGGACGCCGAUCGCGACACAUAUCGCGGGUACCGGAGAUCCUUUUUUGUGUGGGUCAAGGUCAGAGUCAGCAAUGUUCCUGUAGUGCUUAAAAGGGUACAGCUGAGUGCUCUUGGGGCGAAAUCCAUGGUCUGAAGGAGCGUGGGCG